GUCAGUUCUCCUAUCGAAACACACCUAAAUACUAUAGCAUCUCUAGAUCACUAGACUUUCAUUCCCAUUUACAAAAUGAGAGUCAUUUUAACCACUUUCGUCAUCCUGCUCACCGCAACUGCUCUUAUCUACGCCGAUAGCAAUCAAUGGGGCCGUCGAGUGGUCGGCGAUAGACUACUCAACGCAUCCACCAUCGUGAACAACUCGCUUCCGGUGCCGAUCAAAACGGCCGUUUUCCAGUAUUUGCCUCCGCUGGGAUCGGCACGUGCACCGAACGUGACCUACAUUCUGGCCCGUGAUAAUGUCCGCAACGGUUUGGGCGGUUACGCGGCACUGAUUUCCGGUGGCAUCAAUCAAACGCACGCCUCGGUAAAGCUCAGCUCACGUCCCAAUCUGGGUUUCAACUUUACGGUGGAGGUGUACGGCCGGUGAGCGAAGAUGUGAUCUACCUAGUUGGAAUAAUUUUAUCUUACUGAUAAGCGAAGUGAAAAAUAGAACCAGUUUGUUACAACUCAAA